AUGGCAUGGCUCAUGCGCGUGGAAUCUUCGACGGAAAGAGCGCCGCCUCAUUCGAUAGGCGUACGCGGAACACCCCACCUAUACGUAUACGUGUCGCUCUUGGCGCACAGCUACCAGUUGUGGGGGAACUCGCUGCGAUCAGUGGCGAAGACCGCGUCGUGGCGUCGAAGCCAGCGCGACCCGGACUUCGUCCGUCCUUCCAGCCGCCGACACCGCACGGCCGUUCCUUCUCACGAGGAAGCGAUGAUCCGAGAUGGCAUCCGAUUGUGCCUGCCGCCCCGCGCCAUCGCCCUUUGCAUGUACAAGAUAUCCCCCGACUCCACGGGCCGUUUCGUCCUCGACACCCAUCCGUCGCAUGCACAUGUCGUGGUCGCGGCGAGGUUGUUUGGCCACGGGUUCAAGUUUAACCUUGUCAUCUUGGGGAAAUCAUCGCCGACCUGA